AACCAAAUUGAUAUAAUGAUUUCCCGUUACAGUUUUCCAUCUUCCCACUAUCUGAGUUACGGUUCAACCCUGAAUUUGCAAGGGGUUGUUUUCCCGUUUUUGUAAGAGCUUUUUGUCACUUGAUUUCAGCAUAUUUUUCAUACUUUCUUGACGAUAGUGGCAGGUUUUGAGCUCAUUUAUCAGUUCAAAAAGUCGAAUGAUGAACGAAUCAAACGCAAGUUUAUUGAAAUGGUGAAUAAAACGUUUUGUAUUUGUGUAAACAAGUGUUGAAAGAAUAAACUAUUCUACCUCGAGAUUUUUCCACAAGAGAAGAGUGCCAAAGAUCCAGGGACGGAUUUAGGACCGAAUUGACCAUGUUUAACUGCUAAGAGACAUGGGAAGCCUACCAAACCUCCACGAGCUAGGAAAAGAAAGCACCUGCGGGGCCUUCAAGCCCACAACAGCCCUAGGACACCUCUGCGGCGGACAAGGGGGCUACGUCCUAUCCGAACACGAGAGAAACAAAAUCUUGCACCGCCACAACAAAGUGGGCAAGACCAGAAGCUAUGGAUGCGAACCCAACAGAAUUAUCGUGGAUGAUACAACUUUAGAACACAUGGCUGGCUACUCCCCAAUUUCCAACAGAUCCGUCCGCCAAUUUCACCAGAUACGAAGGAAAGACUCCCUGAGCAGUUCGAUCGGGGCAACGUCAGUGCGCAGACUCCUGGCGGUAGUCCGAAACGGCCCCUCCCACCGACAGAGGGCGCACAGGACCUCGGAACCCAGCAAACACGCCCUCAUAGUCAACGUGGUACUUCUGUGCGUCUCCCACCUGACCAUAACAGCUACAUAUCUACCAUAUUUGGCGUUGCAAAGCUCCCUGUCGGUCUGGUCGAUGCCAGACCAUCUGGUACCUCUGGACAUCAACGUUGGCUCCUUGUUCUUAGGAUUGAGUCAUGUACUGGCCAGUUUAGUGUGCCUGGUGACGCUACCGGUCAAUCAGAGAUUCGGUGGAAACAUCAUUUUGGCCGUCAGUUAUCUGCUGUUAACUGUACACUUCAUAAUAAACCUCCAUCCUGUCUUGUACCUGAUGAUACCAUCCAGUAUCAUCUUCGGGGUAGCCUUGGGAUUGAUGGUGAAUGCUCAGGUUACCUGCCUGAUGACGAUAGCCAUCAAAUUGUCCAACGUAUACAGGAUGGUGGAUGAAGAUGAAGAAAUGAAGAACAUCCGGUACACCUGCCUUAUAAGAAGAACUGCAAGGGCCUUUAGAGGAGCUCAUGAUUUUGGAUUGAUCUUCGGCUCUAUAGCUUCAACCCUGAUCAUUUCCUGGACCAUUGGAAACACCAAUUUAAGUACAGACGUUUUAACUAAUACCACGGAACUUAUCUGCCUCCAGACAUCCUUCGUCAACACGACCUCCAACUGCACCACAACCCUGAUCGAGCAAGUGUCGCCAACCUACGACUACACGUCUUUCCUAGACGCAAUCUUCGACACGGUCGAAGGCACCAGGUUGUGCGGCUCCCAGUCCUGCCCCUCCAAGUACCCCCUGAAUUUCAACGACUCCCUACCCGGCCAGUACUACUCUGUGCUACCUGUAGGCUCUACGCAAGCCCUGACCGGCUUUUACGCCUUCCUUUCGGCGGCCGCGACUGCGCUGAUCGUCGUAGGCAUGGACACCCUGAACCUCUACGCCCAUCAGGAGGGCUCCGACAAGCCGCAGCUCAUGGCCUCCCUCAGGUGCGUCAGGGAGAUCUUCAGGGACGCCAGGAUGAAGCUGUUGGCCCCCAUGAUGUUCUUCAUCGGUCUGGAGCAGGCUUUCAUCUAUUCGGAUUUUGGGAAGUCGUACGUGGUUUGUACGUUGGGUAUACACCGUCUGAACUUGGUUUAUCUGGCCAUGGGGUCGUUACAGUCUAUAGCAGCCUGUACGCUGAGUAUGCUGCUAAGAUCCAUCAGGAGAUAUUACAUAGUUGGGGUUGGUUUUACCUUCCACUCUUGUCUAAUGCUAGUCCUGGUCCUCUGGAAGCCGAUAGAAGACGACCCAGCCUUAUUCUUCGUGAUAUCAGCAGCGUGGGGCGUUUGUAACGCCAUCUGGGAGAUGCUGGGCUUCACCCUCUUGACCUGUCAAUACGCUACCGAUAGGUGGGAGGCGGCCUUCGCGGUGACGUCAUUCUACCGCCUACUGGGAAUAGGCGUGGCUUUCCUCUUCCACGGCUACCUGUGCAACUACGUCAAGGUCUACGGGUUGACUUUCUUCAUGUUGGCGGCUGUGGUAACCUUUACCUAUCUGGAUAUAAGGCUUGAGAACAUCAAGAAGUUGAAGAAUAUCUCCAGGUUAUGACCGUCGACUGUGUUGUGGUGAUACAGGGAGUUCCUGAAGAGGACUGGUAGGCCUGUGGUGGAACGGUGAAUCAUGGUAGGAUGUAGGUGGCGCACUGCUGAACCUAUUGGUAGAAGGGCGACGGCGAUGUUUGUUAUUGUUGGAAAUGUAACAAAGCACAAAGUAUGUAGUUUCUCCAGGAAAAAUUUUCACAUUAGAAUGUCUUCUUGGUUCAUUCAGAGCAGGAAUAUUUGCCUUUUUAUUUCGAUUAGACGACUUUAUCAGUCCAAAUGAUGUUUUGAAGGUGCCAAAAGAUAUAUAGGAUAAUUAUUUCUACCACAAGACAAUCUCUAUUGUAAGACCUGAACAAAUCAAAAGAAUUACCAGUAACUUGUCAAUUUUUUGACUGAUCGAUUCAAGUGUGAUCAUUCGAAAGGAAUUGAAGAAAAUAUUGGUGAUGAAUUUUUUGUAUAUUUUCAAACAGUAACACUAUUAAAUAAUCAAAGAUUUAAUUUUGGUAUGUUAGACAGUUAUUGUAGUCUUUCGGAUAAACUGAAAGAGAAAAUACUUCUGAAUCGUUGUUUUCCCCCAUCGUCUUAGACAACUCUAAAAAUGUAGAUUUUGUGCCAAAGAGGGAACCUUUUAUCAAAUAUCUGUGAUUAAAUUAUCGUGAAUGUACCGUUUCCUUCACUUCAAAAAAACAAAUUGUCUAUUUCCCUCGUUACAGCACUUGUGUGGAAAACAUUCAGCACUGAUCCAUCGAGUAACUGUACUAAUUGUUGAACUGUGAAGAUCUAAAUGACUCAUCGGAUUAUGUAACUUAUUGUACAUACAUCUUGUUCGUCAUCUGUUUGUGUUAAAGAUAAAAUACGUAACUCGUUGAUUAUUUGUCACCUAUUUGUAUGAAAAAAUAAAAAAAUGGUACGUU